AUGUCGCAUGAGGCGUUUCGUCUGACGGAACUUAAAAAGAAGCUGCCAUACAAGAUUGAGAGCAUCGCUACUGUUCGCAACCUCUUCUUCGUGGGCACAAACGACGGCAAACUGAUCGUGUACGAAGUGUCUCUCCAGGACCAUGACGCCCAGUGUGUCUACAUUCACUCCUCGAAGCACAAGCAGCCCAUCCGCAUGAUUAUCCCCAUUGCGGAGGAGGAGAUUCUGCUCCUGGUUGUGGGCGACGUGAUUUCGGUGCACCAGUUGAAUCACAUGACCUCCGCCCAGCUAGACUGUCUGCCAGAGGACCGCUUGCCUGAGCUACAUACGGUCAAGGGAACCAAGGAUGUCGUUGCACUUCACCUGAAGCGGCAACGGGGCACCUUUUACAUGGCGGUGCUGCAGCGCAAAAAGAUUACAGUUUACGCGUACAGGCAGCAGCUAAAGGAAUUUGUGAUAGUGAACGAUGGCCUGCUGCUACCAGAUGGGGCCAAAGCAGUUCUUUGGGUGGGGAAGAAUCUCAUGAUUGGAUUCCGCCGGGAGUACGUCCUCAUGCAAGUCGCGAAUGGUGUCACAGACUGCCUGUACCCCACAGGCAAGAGCGGCACUCCGCUGCUCCUUUCCCUCGACCCGGUGCCAGAGGUGCUUGUAGGCGAGGAAACCACUGGCGUGCGUGCGCUGCAUGACGGCAGCCGUGUGCCGGGAAAGAACGGGAUGCCGUGGUCGUCGAUCCCCACCAGCGCGGCAUACAUUCACCCCUUUCUCCUCACUAUACAUAGCGGCGGCAACUGCAUUGAGGUGCGACUGCCCUUCUUUACCGACAACGUGAAGGCGGCAGAUGCUGAGCUGUGGCAAAGCAUCAGCCUCAAGUGCGCCGACCGUAUUUCGCAGCGCCCCUUUGCCGACUUUGACGCCAAUUUGCCAAAAGAGACAACACCCCCCGAUACAUUGAGGAAGGACAUCACGAUUGUGGUUAAUAGUAGCAACACCGUGUAUUUGCUCGAGCUUGUGCCUAUUCGGGAGCAGGUCCUCGCGCUAGCCUCUGUGGACUGUGUCGAGGCGGGUCUGCUUCUCUGCCAGCUGUGCACCAAUGAGGUGGAUCAGGUGACGGUGGGUAGCCUCAAGACUCAGUUUGCGCUGUGGAGCUUCAAUACGAAAAAGGACUUCAAGACAGCCAUGCUGCGCUUCCGCGACGCCAACGUUGACCCACUCCUCGUCAUCUAUCUCUUCCCGGGCUUUCUCACACAACGCGCGCAGGCGGAGUGGCAGCCACCACAGGCACAUACUCACCCUCUAGAAACAACGGAGCUCGCCCAGCACAUGCCGAAUGCCCUCGCGGCAUUUCUUGACUAUGCGGUGCCACUGCGCCGGGAGUAUGCGACGGUGGAAACCGAAAUGCUUGCAGAGGCCAUUGACACCGCAAUUCUGAAGGCAUACGUGAUCCUUGGAGACGAACCGCAGCUGCUUUCAUUUCUUGCCGAAGGGAACGCGUGCUCACUCGCAGAGUCAGAGGUGUUUCUGGCGGAAAGUGAACAGUGGGUGGCGUUAGUGAUGCUCUGGUACAGCCACCGGCAACACCAUAAAAGUCUCGCUCUGCUUCAAGCACUUGGCACGACGGGAGAACGCAUCUCGCUGAAAUCUCUUCUAUCAACAUCAUCUUCUUGGGUUGGACUUUCCUUUGACGCGGCGUUCUCGCGUAUCCUUCAGCCGCUACUGGUGAAAGCACUUGGAGACUCUGGCAGCAUGCUUGUCGCUCCUAGUGAGGGUGGAAAAACGGAUUUCAUACCGCAAACUGUUAUGGCGCAGCUUCUUGCUGAGGUUGCCGUGGAUGUGGAGCCGUCGCAGCAAACGUAUCUGCUGCGGCGCUGUGUAGGCGUGGUGGUGACGAUACUAUACAUGCGGUUGCUCUCGUGGGAGGAGCGGGAGAGUAUGGCGUUGGUGGAGCAAUAUUCUCCGUGGAUUCUUGCCAAUGUCUCUCCGCGGUGGUCAGUUAGGAUGUUUGCAGGGGUAGGCCUUCAACCAAAGGACUACGCCGCCGUGCUGCGUAUUAUCGGCAGCGAUAUGAGUGACAUUGGCGCAACGCAGCCUUAUGAGCGUGUUGUUGAGUGGCUUUCUUUUAUCUUUGCGGACACCUGCAACGUGUCUACAGACGCCUCCCUGCACGACGCUUAUUUUCAAAGCCUGAUGCAGCUUGUGCUGUCACCGUCUUGCGCGACGGCAGCGACGGCGGAGGAGGAGCAAUGGACGGCAACAGGGCGCCAACGUCUAGAAAAAUUCCUGCGGUCGUCUCACCACAUAGACCUGACGCGGGUGCAAGCUGUUUUGGAGCAGCCGGAGGUGCGCGGGCUGAUGUAUGCGGAGCGUGCCAUCAUUUAUUAUCGGCUCAAACGGCACGAAGAGGCUAUCCGUAUGUUUCUGUACGAGGCGCAGCAACUGCAGGCGGCGCAGGACUACGCGACGCGUGUGGGCCGUGAUGGGCAGGAUGGCUUUCAGAUUCUUCUGCACCUUCUGCUCAGCCCGGGUGACGGGUGUACCGGACCGCGGCUGAGUGACGCCCUCACCAUCGUCAACACCUGCGAUGAGGUGAACCCGUUCACGGCGCUGCCAAUGCUGCCAGCCGACACCCCGCUUGCCCCAAUUGCGGGGUUUGUGAAACGAUCGCUCCGCGAUGCAUCAGCACGGAGCCGCAACGCCGCCAUCCGCGCCAGUGUACUUGAGGCCCGUAUACGACAGGCGGAACUGAAACUUGCACGUGAGCGUGCACUGCAGGUUGUGCUGGAUCUUGGCAGCAGCUGCGUUGUAUGCGGGAAGAAGCUGCGCCCGGACGUUGUUUUUGCGCGGUUUCCAAACGACGUCGUGGUGCACCAGGCGUGUAUGGAGGAUGAACACAUUUGCCCCGUCACGUACAAGGACUUUCGUCUCGGCAUUGAGCCCGUCGCUCGGGGCACCCUUUAA